AUGGGAGACGAUUACCCGAUUCUCAUUGGAGGAAAUCCGAAGGGUAUGCUUCAGGGCAGGACCAUACGUUUUCCGCGGGAGGUCUACGCAUACUUCAAAGGACGGCACAGACCUCAUAUGCAACCAGUUACAGUUCCAGUGAUGCUUGGGGAAAUUCACAACAACAUCAAGGGCGAUAUAAAUGCAUUUAAACUGUGGAGCUACCUACGGUCUGAUCAAAUUGGUACCGAAUCGAGCCGCCCAAUGAAACGCUUGCAUCAGAUGGAGGUUAGCGUCUACUUGGAUUCGGACCAAUCGUCGUCUAAGACGGUUACGAGCACACAAACGAGCGCGUCACUGUCGAAGCGUAGGAAGCAACUCAUCCGUGUUCUGGCUAAACAGAGGUUGGGCGCGGAAAGAAUCAAUGCCCUAAAGAGGUCGGUGGACCAGAGUCGGGAGACGCAGUCGGAACCUUACUCUAUCACAUCUUUCUACGGCGAAGAUAAUCACGACUGGGAACUAGACAGUAUAGAAUCUUGGUGA